AUGGACGAAUCGGAUUCAGAGCUAGAGGCUGUAUGGCAGCCGGUAGCGGGCGUGAAGCCACCACUACAAGCCUACCGGGAACACGUCAACGCCAAGUUCAAGCAGAAUUUCGAAACAACUCAGCAACUAUAUCGAUGGACUGUUGACAGACCGCAUGACUUCUGGAUCGACCUGUACCAGUACAUAGGGUUGAUGCCGGCUUUGCCACCAAGCAUCACCAAAGCUUACGAUGACACCCUGCCAAUGAGCCAGAAUCCUCAAUUCUUUCCGAAGCAAGAAAUCAACUAUGCUGAAAAUAUUCUGUUCGCCAACCCGAACCCACAGGCUCCGGCACUGAUCGAGGUGAGGGAGGAUCAGGAUGUCUACAAUGACAAGCCCGUUACGCUUUCCUGGGCAGAAUUUCGCGAAGCGGUCAGGAAGACCGCGAGUGCUCUCAGACGAAGCGGAAUUAAACAGGGCGAUCGUGUCGCAGCGCUGGUGGCAACAUCGAACUGGGCGGUGACUCUAUUCCAGGCAACUGCCUCGAUUGGCGCGAUCUUCACCAUCAUCUCGCCCGAGAUAGGGACUUCGGGCUGUGUGUCACGGCUAGCGCAAGUCUCGCCAAGCAUCCUAUUUGUCGAUAGUCAUCUUCUGUAUAAGGGUAAGCUGACAUCGAUAGCUCGCAAGGUCGAAGAUGUAGUCGGCCAGUUAGACGAACGGCCGCAGGUGUUCACCGUGCCGGUUGCGCCUGCACCCUCGAAGUACGACACGAUUGAUGCGUUUCUCUCACGAUCGGACCUGGGUGAUGGCCUGACAUUCAAACGGGUACCUUUCAACUUCCCUCUGCUUAUAUGCUACUCUUCCGGAACUACUGGACAGCCGAAGUGCAUUGUGCACCAUCAUGGAUGCAUACUGAAUUACAAGAAAAUUUCUGCCGUCCAAAGCGGGCUUAGAGUUGGUGAUGUUGUCGCCCAGUCGGUGAAUACCUCUUGGGUCGUCUUCUAUGUCAUGUGCAGCCAUCUGGCUGUGGGCGCCACUUUACUCCUAUACAACGGAAGCCCGCUCUAUCCUGAUGCAAAGCAAUUCCUGCGGAUUGCGGACAAGUAUCGCGCAACGUACAUGGGUCUUUCGCCCCGGCUCCUGCUCGAGAUGGAGAUUACAGGCAGUAACCCCAAGAGAGAGUUCGAUCUGUCUCAACUCCGCCUGGUGUAUACGACCGGCUCACCAUUAUCGGUGGAGCAGUACCGGUGGUUCAAGCGCUCUUUCCACAAUACGACACAGAUCUGCAAUGCUGCAGGCGGUACAGACACAGCGACAUCUAUUUUGGCGCUUGAUCCUUGCGCGCCUGUCUAUGCUGGACAGAUUCAGGUACCAGCUUUGGGAAUGGCAGUGGAUAUACUGGAUGACAACGGCCAAUCGAUAGCUCACACAGGGGAGCCAGGUGAGAUGGUCAUUCGAAAACCGUUUCCAAGCAUGCCGUGUUUCUUCUGGGGCGAUAAGGACAAUAGUGUGUAUCGCGCAGCCUACUUCGAGCGUUUCGACGAAGUGGAUGUAUGGGCACAGCACGAUUGGGUCAGCAGGCAUCCCAAAACAGGAGGCUACGUGAUGCACGGCCGGAGCGAUAGCGUGUUGAACCCAUCAGGCGUGCGAUUUGGUUCAGGUGAGAUAUAUGCCAUCGUCGAGACGUCGCCAUUUACGGAUUAUAUCCACAACACUCUCUGUGUCGGUCGACGUCGACCACGUGACGUCGAUGAGCAGGUCUUCCUUUUACUGCAAAUGCGACCUGGUGUGCAGCUCACAGCAGAACUCAAGACGCAAAUCAAAGAUUCCAUUCGAGCAGGACUGAGCCGCGGCAUGUGCCUGCAUUCGUCGUGGCAGUCCCGGACAUACCAGUGA